CUAUUGUCCCGCCCAUCUCAUCACUCUCCACCGGCAUUCGGUCCGGCAGUGGGUUCAGCGUUUCGUUCUCAUUCAGUAUCUGGAGCAUGAGUCCGCAUUUGGGAUGUAACGCCUGGUUCUCGCAGUAGCAACUCGGGUUUACGUCGUGACUUAAUAUUGUUUAGACGGUUGUAAAAAUAAAUCGGACCUGAACUGAGGCGUUUGGCGGAGCGUAGUUGAAGCGAGGGAGCGCGUGGCAGAGGGUGAGCUCCGGAGAAUCCUGACACUGCACGCACCGAACAGAAAUGGCGGAGCACCACACAGCCGGCGAUGGCAAGCACAAAGUGUCCACGAAUGCCGGGGGCUUAGUCCACGGCAACAGCAGACCCAGCACCAUGGGCGGAGGAGGAGGUAAAGGAGGCCUAUCCGGUGGUCUGACACAGCCAGCGGGAUGGCAAUCUUUACUCUCGUUUACCAUCCUUUUCCUGGCCUGGGUGGCCGGAUUCAGCUCAAGACUUUUCGCAGUGAUCCGGUUCGAGAGCAUCAUCCACGAGUUUGAUCCAUGGUUUAACUACAGAUCAACACACCAUCUUGCAACCAAUGGCUUCUACGAGUUCCUCAACUGGUUUGAUGAGAGAGCAUGGUACCCGCUGGGCAGGAUCGUUGGGGGCACAGUGUACCCGGGCCUGAUGGUGACGGCGGGCCUCAUCCACUACGUCCUCAACCUGCUCCACAUCACGGUGCACAUCCGGGACGUGUGCGUGUUCCUGGCGCCCGUAUUCAGCGGCCUCACCGCCAUCUCCACCUACCUGCUGACCAAGGAGCUGUGGAGCCAGGGCGCCGGCCUGCUGGCCGCCUGCUUCAUCGCCAUCGUCCCCGGCUACAUCUCCCGCUCGGUGGCCGGCUCCUUCGACAACGAGGGCAUCGCCAUCUUCGCCCUGCAGUUCACCUACUACCUCUGGGUGAAAUCUGUUAAGACGGGCUCAGUGUUCUGGGCCAUCGGCUGCUGCCUCUCCUACUUCUACAUGGUCUCUGCAUGGGGAGGCUAUGUUUUCAUCAUCAACCUGAUUCCGCUGCACGUGUUUGUGCUGCUACUGAUGCAGCGCUACAGCCGAAGAGUCUACAUUGCUUACAGUACGUUCUACAUCAUUGGCCUGGUGCUGUCGAUGCAGAUCCCCUUUGUGGGCUUCCAGCCAAUCAGGACCAGCGAACACAUGGCCGCUGCAGGUGUGUUUGUGCUGCUGCAGGCCUAUGCCUUCCUGCAGUACCUGCGUGACCGGCUCACCAAGCAGGAGUUCCAGACCCUCUUCUUCUUGGGCGUGUCUCUGGCUGCGGGAGCAGUCUUCCUCACCGUCAUCUACCUCACCUACACAGGUCACAUCGCGCCGUGGAGCGGCCGCUUCUACUCUCUGUGGGACACUGGGUACGCCAAGAUCCACAUCCCCAUCAUCGCGUCGGUGUCGGAGCACCAGCCCACCACAUGGGUCUCCUUCUUCUUCGACCUCCACAUCCUGGUCUGCACCUUCCCCGCCGGCCUCUGGUUCUGCAUCAAGAACAUCAACGACGAGCGGGUGUUCGUGGCGCUGUACGCCAUCAGCGCCGUGUACUUUGCGGGCGUGAUGGUGCGUCUGAUGCUGACGCUGACCCCCGUGGUGUGCAUGCUGUCGGCGGUGGCCUUCUCCAGCGUGUUCGAGCACUACUUGGGCGACGACUCCAAGCGCGAGACCCCCCCAGCCGAGGACAGCGGCGACGAGGACGACCGCCGUAACCCCGGCAAUCUCUACGACAAGGCGGGCAAGGUGCGGAAGCAUGUGUCGGAGCAGGAGAAGGCGGAGGAGGGCCUGGGCCCCAACAUCAAGUCCAUCGUCACCAUGCUGAUGCUGAUGCUGCUGAUGAUGUUCGCGGUGCACUGCACCUGGGUCACCAGCAACGCUUACUCCAGCCCCAGCGUGGUGCUGGCCUCCUACAACAACGACGGGACGCGAAACAUCCUGGACGACUUCAGGGAGGCGUACUAUUGGCUGAGGCAGAACACUGACGAGCACGUGCGUGUGAUGUCGUGGUGGGACUACGGCUACCAGAUAGCGGGAAUGGCGAACCGCACCACGCUGGUGGACAACAACACCUGGAACAACAGCCACAUAGCGCUGGUCGGCAAAGCCAUGUCGUCCAAUGAGAGCGCGGCCUACCAGAUCAUGAGGUCCCUGGACGUGGACUACGUGCUGAUCAUCUUCGGCGGUGUGAUUGGCUACUCGGGCGAUGACAUCAAUAAGUUCCUUUGGAUGGUGCGGAUAGCAGAGGGGGAACACCCCAGGGACAUCAGGGAGAGUGACUACUUCACCCCUCAGGGGGAGUUCAGGGUGGACAAGGCCGGCUCCCCCACGCUGCUCAACUGCCUGAUGUACAAGAUGUCCUACUACCGCUUCGGAGAGAUGCAGCUGGACUUCCGGACGCCGCCGGGCUUCGACCGCACGCGCAACGCCGAGAUCGGCAACAAGGACAUCAAGUUCAAGCACCUGGAGGAGGCGUUCACGUCGGAGCACUGGCUGGUGCGUAUCUACAAGGUGAAGAAGCUGGAGAACCGCCAGCCGCUGGAGCGCAAGCUGCGAAGCGUCCUGCCCAAGCCCAAGUACACCUCCAAAAAGACGUCCAAGAGAAAGCGAGGACACAUCAGGAACAAGCUGACUCUGAAGAAAGGCAAGAAACAAACGCGGAAAUAAUGAGGACCAGAGAACCCCCCCCCCCCCCCCCUCCCAACACACACAAAUACACACACAUGCUCACAAACACACACUUACACACACACUUACGCAAACACUCACUCGCAACUGUCCAAGAACCUCUCAAAGAAAAACUUGUACGACUUAUGAAGAAUCAUCUCUUAAACCAAGCCCCCGUUGUCUGGAGGGGGGGCCCCAGCUCCCGGACGGUGGUACCCCUUACCGGGGGUCCCCGCCCCCCACCACGGGCCCGGGGAAGCUCCUAGUGUCCCAUCUCUGACCAGCUCCAGACGCAUCAUCCAUUUUAUCCUGAGGAUAUCUUGCUUUCAAACCCUCUUUUUUUUUCGUUCCUUUUCUUUUUCUGUGCAAUUUUCUUUUUUUUGUGCUUGAAUGUGGCGAAACACUGCUGGGUUCAGCGUCUCAAUCGACUCUGUUUUUGUUUUGGUGGUAUUUCUUUUUAAUUGCGUACUAUUAACUGCUCGUUAGGUCCGGGCUGUUCAUCUAAUGGGACGGGGUGGGUGGAUGGACAUGGAGAUGACUAAUACUGUGGAGGCCGGGAGGAUUUUUGCACCAAAGACCCAGCAGGGACUCUGCAACGUGGCCCCCCCAAGGCCGCUCGAGAGGGUCCGACCGGUGAGAGACUACUUCCUGAAAAAAGGUGUGUACGGAGGUCUCGUAAGAGGAGUGCCGGCGUUUAGACGCGUCCCGUAUGUGAUAACUUAUUUUGAGUCAUCUCCUCCAUUCCAAACGAUUCGCUAAUAAAAAACAAGAAUGGCUUGAUGUGUGUAUAUAUGUGGAAAAAAAAUUCUGAAAGGGUUCUAAUAUAUUGGAUUAUUGUGGUGGUUUUUCUUUGUUUUAAUAUGGAGAUUCUGUUUGUUUCUUUGUUGGUGUCUAUGGGCGGUGUGGCAGCAAAUCAAUCCGUGAAUGCAAUAAAUUCCUAAUGAAUAAAGUCUAAUGGAGGAAGUUGAGGUUUUGUUAUAAGAAUGAAUGUGAAUUUUUACUAAGACUUAUUCACCCAAUGCUUCGAUUGUACAUGCUGCUGCUAGAGUUUUAAAGAAGGGGUAGUUCUAAUAAAUGAUGAGUCCUCCUAUCCACCAGAGGGAGCUCUGAGUAAGCCUAGUGCCUCAUUGCUGGUAUCCACUUGAGUGUUUCUUUGGCUUGUAACGUGUUCACUCGUAUUACAUAUAGUUUGACAGUGGGAGGAUUUGGCAAUGACUGCCAAUGAUGGAAUUGAAGGGGGUUGGGGGGGGGGUAUGCCCUCUUUAAGAACCCUAAAGAGGGCAAGAGACCAACGCUAAUCGAAGUCUAGUGAGCCAGUGUGAAUGGAAAGGCCAGCAUUACAUUUGAAUAUGUUUUGUCUGACCAUGUCCCCUAUAUUUUGUUUUAUCUCCUAUGGGCACUGCACUGUUCCUGGCUCAGGUCCAUAUAGGCUUGUCCUGUUGUUGUGGGGGUUCUUGGGCCCACUGUUGGAAUGUGUUGUUAAACUAAAUGGCUCAUCACAUGACUAUAAAGGGCUUUAUAUGGUUCCACGUUCCCGCAACGCAAUGACCACGCAGACGCCUCGACGCAGUCGUGAGCGUUUAUGGGUCUGCGUCGGGUUUAAGUGAGCGGACCAAUCACAGCCCUUGCUGCUGCGGCGCCUCGACGGAAGGUUACGAUUUUUGCGAGGCACACGUCCGGCCCUUGGGGUGGACGCAACGAGGGUACGCAAGCGCGUAAGGGGUCCGUAACCCCCUUGCGUAGCGGGAACGUGGAACAAUAAAAAGUCCUUAACACAUUAUGGAGUUGCACUUCCUCCUCACACCUAGUGCAUCUUUUUCAAGCGGUUAUUUUCUUUUCUGUUCUUCAUUUUGGCCAUGUUCUCUGAGGUAGUCUCACAAAACAGAUGUUGGACUUAUAUCUAAAAUGGCUACAUUUGCACUGAUUCGGUUUCUUUGGUAGGUCACUAGAAGUUCAGCUAUACUAUAGUAUACUGGUAUCCCAAAUUACCGCCAAGGCAACAGGGGACCGUAGCUAAAGAGUUGUGAGUGCAGAAAGUGUCAUUGUUUUCCAUAAAAGCAUAUCAGUUCCUUCCGAGUUGAGAUGAAGCCUUAAUGUUAUUUAUAUUGUAAAAAAAAAUAAAUGAAAUAAAAAACAUUCUUAAUUAUUUUAAAAACUUUUUGUUUUUAAUUUCUUUUUUUACUUUUUUGAUGUUUAGUGCUUUAUUGUGUUAAGUCUUCAGCGCCACUGGAUUCACUAUUUUUGAUGCAUUGCCCUAAAAAAAACAUUCUUUCCUCUUGCUCAACCUCAAGGUUUACAUUUUUACAUUGUUUUGUUUGCUCAUGUUGAAAUGUAGACCAGAUUAAAACAACUAUUCAAGUUUGCAAAAA